AUGUUCAGCUUUGAGAUUGAGCACAAUCCUGCUGACAAGCACAAGGCCCCAGAUGGAUUGUCAAGAUGUCGGCAGGCAGACGAGGAUUCCAACUUCAGUGAUGGGGAGAUUGACAUUGAGGAGGGUGUGAAGUUUCUCAAGCUGCUAGACCUUGAACAAGACAAGGAUUUCUGUGAGAUGUCCAUGGCCGAGUUCCUGACUGAGGAAAUCGAUCCCUGUGAAACCUCUAAGAUCAACAAGACCCGACUUGAUAGACACAGGGGGGAAUGCAUGCCCCUAGAAGUCAGAUGGGAGAAUCCCACCCACAUUAAGUGCCUGAUAGGUAGAACCUAUCACAUCUGCAAAGGUAGAGUAGUCGAGGACAACCCUAAUGGGUCCAGGCCAGAUCGCAUAAGGCAUGCCCACCAAAUCGAUGAGUACGACUCUGAGCAGUACUGGCAAACCGUUCUAAGGUUCCUAUUGACGGGAGUGCCCCCUAGCGACAAGAAGGAGGUGACGAGGCUUCUCCAUUGA